CAGUAUAUGACGGAUGGGGUCAACUGAGGAUGGACAAGUGGUUGAGAGGAAGCAGCACUCAGUUAUUUCAAGGGCUGCUCAGGAUCGACGUUUCCCAUGGCAGCUACGUGUCUGUUUCCGCCGUCUUUGACUGAUGUCCAUGGUCCCUAGCAGGAGAAGCUGUGUGCUCUUCAGAUACAAGGGUGUCAUUGGGCUGUGAACAAUGGAUUCCCUGGAUCAUAUGCUCACUGACCCAUUGGAGUUGGGGCCUUCUGGAGAAGGCAAUGGCUCUCAAAUUAUGGAGGAUUGCAUGCUGGGAUCCAUACGCAUUAGUCUGCCAGAGGAUCUCCUGGAGGACCCUGAAAUCUUUUUUGAAGUUGUAAGUCUUUCAACAUGGCAGGAUGUUCUGAUGGAUUCACAACGAGAACAUUUGAAAAAGUUUUUGCCUCAUUUCCCAGAAAACAACACAGAACACCAGAAUAAUCUCAUUUUGUCUCUGUUUAAUGGAGAAAACUUCCGGUUUGGAAAUCCCCUACACAUUGCCCAGAAGCUGUUCCGAGAUGGACACUUCAAUCCUGAAGUAGUAAAAUAUCGACAGCUUUGCUUCAAAUCUCAGUACAAGCGCUACCUCAGUUCCCAGCAGCAGUACUUUUACCGGUUGCUGAAACAAAUUUUAGCCUCCCGGAAUCAACUGUUAGAGCUGGCUAGGAAAGGUGGCCCCAGUCUUUCUGUGAAGAGGAAAUACUCAGCGGCUGCUUGUGCUGCUGAAGAACGAGACAGACGAACACAUCAGCGGUACCUAAAAAUCCUCAAGGAGGUAAAAGAGGAAUGUGGAGAUACUACUUUAUCCUCUGAUGAAGAAGAUCUUAGUUCCUGGAUCCCAAAUUCUCCUGCUCAUUGCCCAAGUCCUGCUGUUCCACUCAGGGUAAUACCAACAUUAUCAACUCAGGAUAUGAAAACUGCAGCAAAAAUGGAUUUUGAUGAGAAUGUUCUGAAGCUGAUGCUGAAGAAACACCACGAAAAGCGCAAGCGGCAGCCUAACCAUCCUGAUUUAAUGACAGGGGACUUGACUCUGAAUGACAUCAUGACACGUGUGAAUGCUGGCAGGAAAGGAUCCUUGGCGGUCUUGUUUGACCUGGCUGUCCUCAAAAAGAAGGUGAAGGAAAAGGAGGAGAAAAAGAAGAAAAAGCUAAAAGUGGUUAAAUCAGAAGCAGAAGACUUCUCUGAGUCCCUGGGAAACACUGAAGGAAUGCCUCCAAUGUCUCAAGAUCCAUCCCCUAUUCCUCCCAUUUGGGAUUCACCAUCCCUCCCAUCUGUUAAAGAAGAGCCUCUUGAAGAUAUCAAGCCCUGUCUUGGAAUAAAUGAAAUUUCCUCCAGUUUUUUCUCACUUCUUCUGGAGAUUCUGCUUAUAGAAGGGCCUGCUAGUCUCUCAGUGCUUGAGGAUAAAGUUAUGGAUUGGCAGUCUUCUCCUGCCAGCACAUUAAACAGCUGGUUCUCCUUUGCCCCCAGCUGGUCAGAGCUUGUUCUGCCUGCCCUGCAGUUUCUCACAGGUGACAGCAGAGAUGGUCCUUCCACAGCUUCUCCAUUUGUUGAAUUUAAAGAAAAACCUCAGCAGUGGAAACUGAUAGGCUCUGCUCAAGAGCAUGAGAAGGAACUGGCAGCAUUGUUCCAGCUGUGGUUGGAGACAAAAGACCAAGUCUUUUUCAAGGACAAUGAUGAAGAUAGCUCAGAUGCCACCAUACCUGUUCCCCGAGUAAGGACUGACUAUGUUGUCCGGCCUAGCACUGGGGAAGAGAAACGUGUGUUCCAGGAACAGGAGCGUUUUCGAUACAGCCAGCCCCACAAAGCUUUCACAUUCCGCAUGCAUGGCUUUGAAUCAGUGGUUGGUCCUGUGAAGGGUGUAUUUGACAAGGAGACAUCUCUGAACAAAGCCCGAGAACAUUCUCUGUUGCGAUCAGAUAGGCCUGCAUAUGUCACCAUCUUGUCUCUUGUCCGGGAUGCUGCAGCCCGUCUUCCUAAUGGAGAAGGGACUCGUGCUGAGAUCUGUGAGCUGCUUAAAGACUCCCAGUUUCUUGCUCCUGAUGUCACCAGUGCUCAGGUUAACACUGUGGUGAGUGGUGCACUAGAUCGACUGCAUUAUGAGAAGGAUCCCUGUGUAAAAUAUGAUACUGGACGCAAACUGUGGAUAUAUCUUCAUCGAGACAGGAGUGAAGAAGAAUUUGAGCGGAUUCAUCAAGCUCAGGCUGCUGCAGCAAAGGCCAAAAAAGCUCUUCAGCAAAAGCCCAAGCCUCCAGCUAAGAUAAAAUCCAGUAACAAGGAGACCGCAGUGAAAGUGGUUACUAGUAGCACCUCAGAACCAAGCCAGUUGAGCCUUAGUGACUCCAGCAUGCCUGCAACUCCUGUGACUCCAGUGACACCCACUGCCCCUCCCUUACCAGCAAUGUCCAUUUCACCACCUCCACCUCCACCAGCAAUCUCUGUGGUUAGCAAGAGUUUGCCAAGUGUUACAUCAGAGCAAGCUAAACCCAAUCAAAGCAUUCUUUUAGUGUCUUCUCCCACCAUGCCGCAGCUUGGGACAUUGCUCUCUACCACACAGAGUACUCCCACACAGACUGGGACUCAGCAACCUUCUCCUCGGGUAACCAGUCACACACCUUCAUCAGGGCUCCCACAGGUUCGAGUGGUUACAGCACAGUCUAGUCUCCCUCCUUUGUCUCAGUCAGCUGCAACAGUAACACAGCCACCACCAGCGGCAUCUGUACCUCAGAUCCGUGCCCCUUCCACUUCUGCACAAACAAAAGUACUGUCUCAGGCUGUUAUGGCUGUACCAGUGAAAGCUCAGACCAGCCCAGUCCAGGUGCAGAGGCCAGCUGUAACAGGAACAGCUAGUGUUGUUGGCACAGGAAUCUCUGCAGCACCCAGUCCUGCUCCAAAGCCAGCAGCCAGUUCUCCAAGCAGCUCUACACCCAACAUCACAACUAUUUCUUUAUCACCAUCGACAUCAUCCUCUUCAUCAUCUUCUUCCUCUUCAUCCUCUGCUGUCCUCCAGAACAUAGCUGGCCAAAAUAUUAUCAAACAGGUGGCUAUUACUGGACAACUUGGCUUGAAAAGCCAGCCUGGAAGCAGCAUCCCCCUUGCGGCUUCCAACUUCCGCAUCCAAGGCAAAGAUGUACUACGUCUGCCUCCCUCUUCCAUCACCACUGAUGCCAAAGGGCAAACUGUUCUCCGCAUAACCCCAGAUAUGAUGGCUACUUUGGCUAAGUCUCAAGUCACCACUGUCAAACUGACUCAAGAUCUCUUCACUACUGCUGCUGCUGCUGCUGGAAGCACUUCUGCUGGGAAGGGCCUCUCUGCCACUCUGCGUGUGACUUCCAGCCCUAUCCAGUCUUCUGACUCUCCUGCUAAGACCAGCAGUCCUGCCUCUGCUUCCCCAAGCUCAGCUGGGUCAACAGUGGUGAAAGUGACUCCAGACAUGAAGACUGUGGAGUCCACCAGUUCCGCCUUCAGACUGAUGCCUGCUUUAGGCAUGACUGUAGCAGACCAGAAGGGCAAAGCCAUCACUACAGUGGCAACCACUGAAGGCAAACCAGCUGCCACUAUAAGGAUUGUACAGGGGAUGGGAGUGAUGCCACCAAAAGCUGGGCAGACAAUUACAGUAGCCACGCAUGCCAAGCAGAUGCCCUCUUCCUCUUCAGUGAGCAUGCCUGGCACAGUCCUUACUUCAGCUGUCUCUUUGCCAACCAUGACUGCUUCAGUGUCCAAAGCAGUUGCUGUUGUGUCAGGAGCAGCAGGGACACCCCUAACCAUAGGAACAGGGACCACCACUAUGCGUCAGCUUCCAGUGAGCACCACUGUUGUAUCCACCUCACAGACAGGAAAACUGCCUGCUCGAAUCACAGUGCCCCUGUCAGUCAUAAGCCAACCUGUGAAAGGCAAGAGUGUUGUGACUGCUCCCCUCAUUAAGGGCAAUCUUGGGGCUAACAUCAGUGGACUGGGUAGGAAUAUCAUUCUCACCACAAUGCCAGCUGGGACAAAGCUGAUAGCUGGGAACAAGCCAGUGAGCUUUCUGACUGCACAGCAACUACAACAGUUGCAGCAACAAGGCCAGGCAACACAGGUGCGAAUUCAGACAGUGCCAGCCUCUCAUCUCCAACAGGGAACCGUAUCUGGUUCUACAAAAGCAGUCUCCACUGUAGUUGUGACAGCAGCACCAUCUCCAAAACAGACACAAGAUCAGUAGUAAAUACAGCUACAAAAUA